CACACUGCAGAUAACUUGGCCAUGGUUAAAAGGAGCCUUAUGGAGGAGUGGGGCAUAGCGAGCAAGGUCAGGUGUCUGGUCACUUAUGCAGCAGCUAACAUGAUUUCAUGUGCUCGCAUACUGCAAAUACGGCAAACUAUUUGUAUUGCCCAUUCAAUCAAUUUACCUGUAAAAAAGUCAUGUGACCCCAUUACAAUGCUAACAGAUAUACGCAACAAAACACAGCAAAUUGUGACAUACUUUCGAUCAAGCACCACGGCCAAAGAAAAGCUUGCUCAAAUACAGCAACAGCUGGGAACACCAUUGCAUAAGUUAAUAAACGAGGUGCCAACACGGUGGAACAGCACCUACCACAUGCUGGAGAGAAUAACUGAGCAGAAGGAGGCAGUCUGGGUGUCUUUGGCCUCACUGAGAAAUGAUAUUACUCCACUGACUCCUGAAGAUUUUGAUGUCAUUGAAGAGAUUCUCAGGGUGCUCUCUCCUUUUGAACAAGCCACAAGAGAACUAUCUGAGGAAAAAAGAGUCUCAGGGUCAAAGGUGAUUCCUCUGAUGAGAAUGAUCCACAUUGAGCUUCAACAUCAAGCCUCAACACUAACAAGACCAGCUGCUCAAGAACUGGCAGAAAACCUGAAAAGGAGACUAACUGAGUCCACCUGCAACAUGGAAUCACUCAGUGUGAUGACACUGGCAACACUCUUGGACCCCAGGUUUAAAACAGUCGGCUUCUGUAGUGCAUUAAAAGCAACAGACGCUGUUAAGAGACUGAAGUCUGAGUGUGCUGCUGAAAUGAGGAGUCAUGAGCCUGACCCAGCGGAAGAACCAAGCUCUUCACAUGGAUCAGAACCCAGUUCAGGGCACAAUCUCUGGACACCUUUCGACAUGGAAGUUCAGGAGAAUAGGAUGAACAGCAAUUCUACAGCUGAUUCCAUUGUUGAAGUACAACGCUACUUGGCUGAAGGAAACACACCCAGAACGCAAGACCCAUUACAAUACUGGAAGAACAACCGGAAAACAUAUCCACACCUAUAUCUACUCGCUCUCAAAUAUCUGUGCACGCCAUCUUCAUCAGUUCCCUGUGAACGUGUAUUUUCGAAGGCUGGAGAACUGGUGUCUAAGAGGAGAAAUCGCCUAGGAGCAAAGACACUCCAAAAACUUUUAUUCCUCAAUAAAAAUGUAUGAGUUAAUCCAUUUUCAGUGUGUUAUUUCAUAUGAUUGAACACUUUGGUUAACAAAAUUCCAUACAUAAGCUAAAUAUUAUAAUUCUCAAUUUUAUUACAGAUACAUUUGCUGUAUUUUACAUAUUAUUAUAUUAGGAUUACAAGGCUAAUGUUGGGUUUACAGCAUGCAAUUUCUUCCAUCUUUUCAUUUUAUUUACCUGCAAU